AUGCCCAUUGCUUGGGACAAUGCUGGCUGGUCACUCGAUUGUCUUCAAGGAACCUGGUACGAGCAGGCCAGAUACGAUAACGACUUUCAAAUGCUGGAGCACUGCGUCGUUGUGAGCUUCACCAAGGAGAACGGCAAGGAUCUUUUCAACGUGCAGGGCAUUGUUGAUGAUAAGCCUCUCGCCUUCAGCGGACCAAUCAACGCCGCGUCCAACGGAACCGGAGUCCUCUUCUUCCACUCUUCCGUGUACAAGAACAUUGAAAAGACAGACGAAAUGGCCGUCGCCGUUCUCGCUCUGGACGUGAACAAUUACGCUGUGAUGUAUGACUGCAAAUACGACGAAGAGACCAAGAAGCACCAUGACUACCUCUGGAUCCUGUCCCGUUAUAAGACUUAUAGCGGGGUUACGAAGACGUUUGUAGAUGGUCUGCUCGAUAGGAGCCCUUUUGUAGACAAAUCUAAACUCGUCUGGCAAGAUUUCUUGCCUAAAUCAUGCAACCGAUAAAUGGAAAAUUCACUAUUAAACUCCAGAUAAUCCCACAAAAGAGCAUGUGAAAAAUUACCAUUCAUGUGAUUAAUAAUGAUUUCAUAUUACAAACUUCGGUGUGACCACAAACUGCUGA